CUGAACUCGCAUUGCAAGCCCCUUCCUGACGAAAAUGGCAGCACUUGUUCCUCUGCUGCUCGCCCACCUACUCCUCUGCGUCCAUGGCGCCACCGUUACCUCGGUCGCCACGCCUCCGCCUCUCCCGGUCCUGCCCGUCCCGUCCUACGCGCAGCUCCGGUGGCAGCUCUCCGAGAUGGCGCUCUUCCUUCACUUCGGGCCCAAUACCUUCACGGACUCCGAGUGGGGCACCGGCCACGCUGACCCCUCCGUGUUCGCUCCCUCCGCACUCGACGCGGGCCAGUGGGCGCGCAUCGCGGCGCAGGGCGGGUUCGGCCGCGUCGUGCUCACGGCCAAGCACCACGAUGGUUUCUGCCUGUGGCCGUCGGCACUGACCGAGUACUCGGUGGCCGCCUCGCCGUGGCAGGGCGGGGCUGGGGACGUCGUCGCAGAGCUCGCCGCAGCUGCGCGCGCGGAGGGGCUUGGGCUGGGCCUGUACCUCUCGCCGUGGGACCGCCACGAGCCGGUGUACGGGGACACCAUCGCGUACAACGAGCAUUACUUGGGACAGAUGACAGAAUUGCUUACCAGGUAUGGAGAUGUAGAGGAAGUUUGGCUAGAUGGUGCAAAAGGCGACGCCAAGAAGAUGGAUUAUAUGUUUGAUGCCUGGUUUUCACUUAUACAUCAGCUACAAGAAAGGGUAGUUAUCUUCUCAGAUGCUGGACCAGAUACUAGAUGGGUGGGAGAUGAGGCAGGAGUCGCAGGCUAUACUUGCUGGUCUCCCUUCAACAAGAGCUCUGUGACAAUUGGGCAUACCACUGCUGAAUACUCAUCCAGUGGGGAUCCUUUUGGUCAAGACUGGGUUCCUGCAGAAUGUGAUGUUUCCAUCAGACCAGGUUGGUUCUGGCAUGCCUCAGAGAAACCAAAAAACGUGACAACUCUGCUUGACAUAUACUACAAAUCAGUUGGUAGAAACUGUCUCCUCAUUUUGAAUGUCCCUCCCAAUUCAUCUGGCCUCAUUGCCGAUGAAGACAUACAAGUCCUCCAGGAAUUCACUGAGAUUCGGCGUGCAAUUUUCUCUCAGAACUUUGCUGCCAAUGCCACUGUUACAGCAAACAGUGUGCGUGGUGAGCAAGAUAAUCUGCAGUUUGCACCAUCCAAAGUGCUUGAAGACGGGAUAUACUCCUACUGGGCUCCGCAGGAAGGCCAAACCUGCUGGGAAAUGCUCUUCGAUCUUGGGCAAUCUACUUCCUUCAACUUGCUCCAGCUCCAGGAGCCUAUACAACUGGGGCAGCGUGUUAUUGAGUUCCAUGUGGCUAUCCUUGUAGAUGAACUGUGGCAAACAAUUGUUGAAGGCACGACAAUCGGGUACAAGAGGCUGCUACUGUUUCCAGUCACUGAAUCUCGGUACCUGAAGCUUACCAUCGACAGUGCGCGUGCAGAUCCACUUAUCUCGUUCUUUGGUGUCUUCAUGGAUCCCUUCUCGUCCAUACAUAGUUUGCAGAAUCAUGUCAAACCACCCCGGACAAAUAGUAACGAAGUUACAAUGUUGAGGAUGGCCCAUGCUUCUGUCAACAAGAGUAUUGACGCAAUGUAGUUGUUGAGUGUACAUCUGUCAGUAUUACUUCUAGUCUGCCCUGGUCAUUUCAACAUGCCAGAAUCACUUGCACGUUGAUUUGUUCUUUGGACUGGAGAAGGGCCACUCGAUGGUGGGCAAUGUGUGUAUAUCUUCAGAUUUGCUUGCCAAAGCUACUAAUACGAGAACUACUCUUUCUGCAAUCAUGCAUGGAUAUGUUGUUCCCAAGAUCAGCUGUUGAAACUUCAUGUAGUCUGUACUAGUGUCUGUUGAAUUAUGUGCCAGCAGGAAGUCUGGGGUUUGAAUGAAGUGAACGUGCACUCUCUCCUCUGAGACUCCGUGGAUGUUUGAGUCAAUGAGUUGUGAUGGCUUAGGGGCUGUUCGUGAGUAGUGAUGCCUUAGGGUUGUUUGGUUGCCUGGCUACCAUCGUGGGCAGGCUGCAAUAAUGCAACAGAGUUUGUUUGUU